AUGGACAACGAAAAGGACACCCUCCCGGCCUACACUAGAUUCUCAACCCCAAAGCUAUCAUGGCGUGUUCCAGCUACCAGCAUGCGAACACCAGAACAACAAUUCGAAUUGGACCUCGAGGCCCUGAAGAAUGACGGAGAACUCGCCAGGAUCGGGGCAGAAUCCGACGAAGACACGAGGAAAAUGAAGAUUGACCUCUUCUUCCUGACCAUCAAGCUCCUCAUCUUCACUGUCGCGGCAGUAUAUAUCCUGGGGCUUCUCUCCGACGUACUCGCUACCCGCGCGCUACAAGUCAAAGCAGUGGUUCAGGCUACGCCAGCUGCAAAGGUAUGUUUUAGUUUGCAAAGUAUUGCCUCCCAGAAGGGCGUUGUCAUACGCAAAAAGAAGUAG